AUGGCCAGCCCUAAAAUAGUAAAAGAAGUUCAGCGCCUCACAGGAAGACUCGCUGCACUUUCCAGAUUUGUUCCAUGCCUUGCCUCAACUUCCGUUCCUUUUUUCCAAACAAUUAAAAAGAAAAAUAAAUUUGAAUGGAACGACGAUUGUGAGAAGGCAUUUUCAAAACUAAAAACAACACUCUCACAACCGCCGAUUUUACAAAAACCUCUACAAAGGGAACAUUUAUUUUUAUAUCUGUCAGUUACUGAUUGGGCGAUAAGCUCGGCCCUUGUCACAGAGAGAAACAAAGUUCAGCAUCCAGUAUACUUUGUCAGUAAAACCCUCCAACAUGCCGAACUCAACCAUCCGUGGAUUGAAAAGCUCGCACUAGCACUGAUAUUCUCGGCCCGACGCCUCCGACCUUACUUCCAGAGCCAUGUAAUCCACGUCAGAACCGAUCACCCACUAAGACAAGUAUUACACAAACCGGAAAUCGCAGGUCGACUAAUAAAAUGGGCAGUCGAAUUAUCUGAAUUCGACAUCAGAUAUCAAUCCCGAGGACCAAUCAAGUCACAAUUUCUGGCGGAUUUCAUUGCCGAGCUCACAGUACCAUCCGAAGAGGACCAUGCAAAACAGUGGAUCUUAUAUGUGGACGGCUCUUCAAAUAACGGAGGCUGUGGUGCAGGAAUUCGUCUGGAGGCCGACGAUGGAUUCAUAUUGGAACACUCAAUACACUUCGCUUUCAAAGCAAGCAACAACCAAUCAGAGUAUGAGGCACUACUCGUCGGACUCCGACUAUGUUUAGAUCUUCAAAUCUCGGCGAUCAAGGUAUAUUGUGAUUCAUUGUUAGUAGUACAGCAGGUAAACGACCUUUUUCCGGUGAAAGAUCCCCUACUUUCUAAAUACUCACUAUUAGUAAAGCAGUUAACAAAAAAAUUUUUCAAAUUUGAAAUAGAACAUAUACCCCGCGAACAAAAUCAAAGAGCGGAUAUCUUAUCUAAGCUCGACAGUACACAGUCCGACCUAUCUACAUUGCAACAGUUCACAAUAACUUCACCCACUGUUACUCUGGCAAACGUGUUAGGUGUUUCGCAGGUAACAGAUUGGAGGAACGACUUUAUACACUAUUUACAAACAGGUAAUACACCAGAAGGAGUCGAGAAUGAUAAAAAGUUCCGACGGCAAGCAUCUUACUUCACAAUCAUCAAUGGUGCACUAUAUCGACGAGGUUAUACUCGACCUCUGCUCAAAUGCCUCAACAAGUCAGAAGCCGACAUAGCUUUGGCAGAGGCACAUGAAGGAAUCUGUGGAACACAUACAGGAGCUCGGAGUUUAGCAUCCAAGAUCCUCCGAGCCGGAUUCUUCUGGCCGACUUUGAAACAGGACAGCCAACAAAAAAUCAGGUCAUGCAACAAUUGCCAAAGGCACGCACCACUAAUACACAUACCCGCCGAGGAGUUACAUCAUUCGGAUAUCAGUUGGCCAUUUAACCAAUGGGGUUUAGAUAUACUCGGGCCUUUCCCAACGGCACCGGGCCAGGUAAAAUUCCUUCUUGUCGGCAUUGAUUAUUUCUCCAAAUGGGUGGAAGCCCAACCUUUAGCAAAAAUAACAUCACAGCAAAUGGUUUCAUUCAUUUGGAAAAAUAUUAUCUGUCGUUUCGGCAUACCUCAACAUAUCACAACUGACAACGGCCGCCAGUUCGCCGAUCAGAAAUUUCAAACUUUUUUGCAGAAUUUCAAAAUAAAGCAACACUUUGCCUCUGUUGAACAUCCUCAAACAAACGGACUAGCCGAGGCCGCAAAUAAGGUGAUCCUACAUGCACUAAAGAAAAAGCUCGAUGACGCCAAAGGACUAUGGGCCGAACUAAUACCUGAGGUCCUUUGGGGAUACAACACCACCCCACAAACAUCAACAAAAGAAACGCCAUUCAGGCUGGUGUAUGGAUCGGAAGCCAUGAUUCCCCUGGAGAUCUCCCAGAAAUCAAUCCGAACUCAAAUCAACAGUCAAGCCGAAGCUCGGAGAUCCGAGCUAGAUAUCAUCGAAGAGGUUCGAGAUAUGGCCGCCUUAAAGCAAAGGGCGGCACAGCAAGCAAUUGCUCGACAAUACAACAAGUCAGUCAGAAGCAGAUCAUUCCUGAAAGGAGAUUUAGUCCUCCGCAAAACAGAAACUGCUCGGAAACCACCAACACACGGAAAGCUCGCAGCCAAUUGGGACGGCCCAUACCGAAUAUCAGAAGUCCUCGGCCAAGGAGCAUAUAAGCUCGAAUCACUUGAUGGUAAACCCAUACCUAGUACAUGGAACAUAUCUUCCUUAAAGAAAUUUUUCAGUUAA